GUACUCUCCAGUUUCUAUGGUUGACGCAAUUCGGUCUAUAGCUGAGCACAUAGCGUGUUCCUCUCUGCAUAGGCCACUCCUGAGCGGCAAGGUUCUCGAAGACGUAUCGGAAUUACUCACGUUCACCUACCGCGAGAGGUGCGAGCAGAAGUGUUCGCGACGAGUGCGUCCAUGGAGGACGCAACGAGGGUGUGUGUCACUGGAGGUUCUGGCUACAUAGGCUCUUGGAUUGUCAAGAGGCUGCUGGAGAGAGGCUACAAAGUCCAUGCCACCGUUAGAAACUCAGGUGACGAGAGCAAAGUGGGGUUCCUCAAGAGCUUUCCUAAUGCAGAGAGGGGGUUGGUGCUAUUUGAAGCAGAUCUGUACAAUCCCCUUGAUUUUGAGAAAGCAAUUCGAGGGUGUCAAUACGUUUUUCAUGUGGCCACCCCGAUGCACCAUGACCCCAACAACUCUAAGUUCAAAGAUACAUCCGAGGCGGCCGUUGCUGGAGUAAAGAGCAUUGCAGAGUCCUGCAUCAGAUCGGGGACCGUGAGGCGGCUAAUUUACACUGCUACUGUUAUGGCCGCUUCACCGAGGAAAGACGACACAGAAUGCUUUGCUGAGGCAAUGGAUGAAUCCUGCUGGACCCCGCUCAAUCUCUCAGCUCCUUACCACAGUGAACAAUUUCCGGAGGACUACGUGAAAUCGAAGACGCAAUCAGAGAGGGAAUUGCUGAGGUACAAUGGCGCGAUUGAGAUAGUGAGCAUCGCUUUAGGCUUGGUGGGAGGGAGCACAAUUCGCCCUUCCUUGCCAGUUAGCUUGAGAGCCCUCAUUGCACAGGCAACGAACGACAGAGCACAGUACCGGAUGCUGAGGAUUUUGGAGGAAGUGAAUGGCAAAGUCCCCGUGGUGCACAUCGAAGAUGCGUGCGAGGCGCACAUCUUCUGCAUAACGCAGCAGCAUUCCAUUAGCGGCAGGUUCUUAUGUGCCAGUGACUACGUGAAGACCGCAGACAUUGCCCGCCAUAUCAGGGAAAGCUUCCCAGAAAUCCAGAUUCCUGAAGAGUUCAUCGAGGACACGGGAAGAGAGAUUGCUUGGGGAUCCUCGAAGCUCGAGGAAAUGGGGUUCAAGUACAAGUACGAUCUCAAGAUGAUAAUAGAGGAUAGCAUCAAUUGUGCUCGGAUGUCUGGGGAUAUAACCUCUCAAUACUAGUAAUUUGGUUUCGAACUGACCCUCUGUUUCACAAAGAAUGUGUGAUUUUGAAGACAUUUUCCUAAAAAUAAAAAAAUGUAUUAAUUAUCGACAACAAUUUAUGUUUUCUUAUUUUUGUGGACAAUGAGAAAUAUUUUUCAUUCCACUUUUGUGUAAGAGAUGCAAACGAUCAAUUUUAGGAAAAUAUUUUCCCAAUUACUCAUUUUUCACUAAAUAAAUGCAUCUUGAAUGUUAGUAGAAGUUCAAUAUGUGAUGAAGAGGUGAUGGAAAGGUUAUGUGAAUCAGCUUUCGAUAACCUUGGGAUUGAAGUGUUGUAUUAUAUUUAUGGAUAUUAGAGAAUUCCUUAUAAGAGAA